AUGCUCAAACCCGCCUUUCUUACGGCUCUCUUCGUGAGCUGGGCGCUCGGCGGCCCGAUAAAAUUCGAUACACAAGGACUUACCGGAUCAUCCUUUGGCAUUCCUGGAGACGACGCCACCUACGACUACGUCGUUGUUGGUGGCGGAACCGCUGGUCUCACUAUAGCCACACGGCUAGUCGAGCAAAAGGCCGGCAGUGUCGCCGUCGUCGAAGCGGGCACAUUCUACGAACUCGGCAACGGAAAUCUCAGCCAGGUGCCGGCUACCGACUAUGUGUAUGUUGGCAAGAGUCCCGACGACUGGCAGCCGUUGGCCGACUGGGGAUACGUGACAACUCCUCAAGCUGGUGCCUACGGUGUCUCUAUACACUACGGUAGAGGCAAGAUGCUCGGCGGGUGUUCAGGUCGCAACUAUAUGGUGUACCAACGCCCCAAUAAACAGGCUAGCAAGAUGUGGGCGGAUGCUGUUGGCGACAGUAGCUACGAGUUCCAAAAGUUCCUCCCUUAUUACCGGAAGAGCGGGAACUUCACUCCUCCCAGGAACCGCCUACAAUUCGACAACGUAACACUCCAGUACGACGCCCAGGUGUUAGCCGAGAACAACCGAAACGGUCCCCUUUCUCUAUCGUUUGCCAACUACGUGCAUGCGUUCGCUACGUGGGCGAGCCAAGGACUUAAACAAAUCGGUAUUAACCCGCGAGAUGGGUUCCAGAGCGGCGAGCUUCUGGGGCACUCUUACAACAUAUUCACGAUCAACGCCGAUACUAUGCUGCGAGACUCCUCGGAGACGUCCUUUCUUCAAAAGGGCCUCGAAUACCCUGAAUUGACCGUCUACCACCUAACUCAGGGCAAGCAAAUUCUAUUCAAAGGAAAAAAGGCUGCUGGCGUUCGGGUUGAUACUAUGGGGACGCAAUACACGCUAUCUGCACGCAAGGAGGUCAUCGUAUCAAGCGGAGUCUUCGGAUCGCCACAAUUACUGCAAGCUUCUGGUGUUGGCCCAGCAAAACUACUCAAGGGGUUAAAAGAAAUCCCCGUCGUCGCGGACCGACCCGGCGUUGGGCAGAACAUGCAGGACCACAUCUACUUCGGGGUGACGCACCGGGUCAACGUGCUGACGACGUCGUCGCUGCUGGACCCGGGGUUCUACGCGGCGCAGACGGAGCUGUUCGUGAACGGGGCGGCGGGGAUGCUGACGAACCCGAACACGGACAUGCUCGGGUUCGAGAAGCUGCCGGAGCGGCUGCGGCGGGGGAUGGCGCCGGCGACGGUGCGCGCGCUCGACGCGCACCCGGCCGACUGGCCCGACGUCGAGUACGUGACGCUGGGGAGCUACCUGGGCGAGGGCAACCACUCGCGGGGCGCGGACCCGCACGACGGGUUCAACUACGCGUCGCUGGCGGUGGUGCUGGGGGCGCCGCGCUCGCGCGGGUCCGUCGCCAUCACCUCGCGCGACACCGCCGUCGCGCCCGCCAUCAACCCCAACUUCCUCGUCGACCGCGCCGACGUCGACGUCGCCGUCGCCGGCUUCAAGCGCGCCCGCGAGUUCUGGCAGACCGACGCCAUGCGCCGCCUCGCCGUCGGCCGCCGCCCCGGCGCCGCCGACGAGGCCUUCCCCGGCCCCCGCGUCGCGACCGACCGCCAGAUCGAGGACGCCAUCCGCAAGAACUUCAACACCAUCUUCCACGGCGCCAGCACCUGCGCCAUGGGCAAGCCCACCGACCCCAUGGCCGUCGUCGACCCCCGCGCCCGCGUGUACGGCGUCGAGGGCCUGCGCGUCGUCGACGCAUCGGCCUUCCCGUUCUUGCCGCCCGGCCACCCGUUGGCCACGGUCUAUGCCUUGGCGGAAAAGAUCGCUUGCGACAUCUCGAGGAACUGCCCCGAGCUGAGAUGAUAAGCAUCGUGGCGCGCGCUUAUGCACCUGUGUCUGGCAUGCAGGCGCAAGCAUGAGCGGACGUGGAUCGUGCAUCUUUUUUCCCUGUUUGUUUUACCUCGCAGUUUGGCCCUCUUCUUUUCCCCAGGGCGGGCUCGUCGUAUUUGUAUGAUCGUGUAUGAAUUUGUAAGGUCUCUGUAUCAGUAGCGCGGGUUCUCACACUUGGCAUCCUCAGGGGGCGGUUUGGCAAGUUCCACACUCACGGCGUGUUGUGUUUUCGAAUACUUAGAUGGACGGCCGUUUUGGGAUAUUUAUGGACUGGUAGAAGAAGAGCCCGGCAAUUCCGCAUUACACACUCCUAGCUCAGCGCUUCAAUUUCUCAACUAUCUGCCUUGUAUACCUAUCGUUUCUCAUCCCGCGUAUGUAUAUGCACUCAUCCUCCAUGUCUCGAGAGUUGUUGUUGCGUGAUAGGCGGGAGCAGCUUCGGGUUUCACCAGGACGUCUCAUCUCUCUUCUGUCGUCUUCUGCGGUAAGCUGACUAGAGCAGUUGAGCAACCAACCUCGAGUCCCUUCGGGUUCUGCUCCCUCUUCUCUCUUCCCGUGCGGCUUAUAAUCCGCGCACGCCUAUCCGUGCGCAUGCAGACCCAUCUAAGUAGGCGUUUAUAAGAGCGUCUGG